UGCUUCCGAUAGCUUUAGUUGAUACACCGCAGCCUGAAGGACAACAUCUCUAGCUGCUUGUCUAAUUUUGCUAAAAUCUUUUUCCAUCCGGAUUUGUACUCUUUUUUUUUUUUGUAAAUUUUUCAAAAGAAACUGAAAUUCUUGUUUGUCGAGCAUGGGACGUGCAGAGAAAAUGACCAAGCCCGAUAACGACCGUCCAGGCAAUCCGGUCUUCAUCACCAGCUGUGCCGAGUACAACUUCCUCCGGGAAUACCGCCGGGGCUGCGAGCAGGGGGACAGCUCUCCCCUGACCAUCCUGAGAGAGGCCACCAGUGCCUGGCAGGCCAUGUCGCCCGAGGAGCGGGCAAUGUUUGAGGAGGAGCGCUAUCUGCGGAUGAGCUUCGAUUGCUCCAGCCUGGACGCCGUGGGCCUGGCUGUCGAUGUGGUGGCCGCCGAGCAGAUGAUCGUCCACCGGACAGCCAGCACUUGUCUUGUUCAGAAGACCAAGCCCAAGUCCAAGCCCAAGCGCAAGAUGGCGACCAAGUCGGCCGCAUGGAAGCGGCGCAAUCAGAUCCCAAAGGCGCGCGUUUCUAGACCAAAGCGUCGUGCCCGUAAAGCCCGACUCAUGCCGAGUCCUGGACGGGCACACGCUGCGUAGACUUAUGACUACGCAGCGCAGAACCAGGAGGCCUGGACUGUAAUAUCUAUAUUCAAUAUUGUUCGAUUUCAUAGGUGUUUCAAUAAUAAUAAUAAUAGUUUGCA